AUGAGAAGCGCGGUAAAAUGUGCCGCUGAGUGUAAAGAAGAUUGUUUUUCAUUUGCCUUCGAUCCUGAGACCAACGAAUGCAAGACAUACACCAAGGAGCUAUGUACAAGUGAUGCAAACUCCGCCGUCGUCAAAAUAAUCAGGCCGAAUUCUGGAUUAAAUUAUGACGUGUUCUGUGACCUGGAUACAGAAAACGGAUCAUGGACUGUGAUACAAAACAGACAGGACGGAGAGGUGAAUUUCUACAGAAAUUGGGCGGAAUACAAAAAUGGAUUCGGAGACUUGAACGGAAACUUUUGGGUUGGACUUGAUAUAAUCCACCAACUCACCCUCAAGGAUUCCAUCCUACGGAUAGAGUUGGUCUCAUGGUCUGGCGUUGUUGCUUAUGCCCAGUAUUCGGAAUUCAGCAUCGCAAGCGAAUCCAGUGGGUACCAGCUCUCCGUGACAGGAUUUUCCGGAAACGUUUCAUAUGACGCGAUGGAUUAUCAUGGCGGGCGCCGAUUCUCCACGCACGACAAGGACACAACGCCCCUCGAUUGUCCUGAAACCGUAUUAGGCGCUUGGUGGUACAAGGACUGUUAUAAUUGUAAUCUUAACGGACCAUACAAGCGAGAUAAUGGUAGUGAUAAUUACGUCGCGAUGGUAUGGUGGAAAUUCUUGCCUAACCGAAAUUACGUACCUUUGAUGAAAUCUAGAAUGUUGGUGAAACCGUCGGGUGUUUAACUUAUUGGCCAGGUUGAUAUUUCCGCGUUUGUUUGUCCGUUUGUUCCCUGCGUCCUCGGAACAAAUUACGUGUAAGUGAUGGAACACAUCUAGCAUAGCGGAUCUAUUUUUCCGCGAAAUACAAGACGUUCGUUGAAGGCGUUUCUUUUAAAUCUGGAGAUUUGGGCAAUAAAACCUGAUUAUUA